UGGAAGAAAGCACGAUGUCCUUGAAGCUGUUGCCGAGUCUUUGGAUUGGACUUCAGGUAAUACUUUCGCAGAUGCUGCUCUAUUCGACGACGAUAUUCAGGGUACAACAUCCGAAAAGUUGACCCGUUUACGCCAUUCUGCUGGAAAGCUACUUCGCGAAGAAAUGGAAACGACUGCUUACAAAGCAGUACUGACUAAAGGUGGUGGCGGAGGUAAAAAUGGAGGAACUGUGACAUUGGUGACAAGCGCCUUAUCCUCUAGUUCAGGCGGGAGUGGCAAGUCUUCUAGCUCUGGUAAAGGUACGAAACUCGUAAAGGAAGAACAAGUCAGCAGCAGACCUGGUAAACGUAAAAAUCUGUUCCAGCAAAUUUUACGAA